UUUCGCGCGACGAAUUUUUCGUUCGUCCGUUUGCCUCGGCUUCGACUCUCCGCGCUCGUACUCGUAUUCACUGAUGUUAUUUCAAUGAUUUCUAUAUGAAAAGUGAUUAUAUCUCGAUCCUAUAAUAAACGAAGUGUUUGGGUGUUAUGAUUUUUAACUUGAAAGCCGGUUCAAGAACUGUUUUCGGAGUGUUUGUGCCGUGAGAUUGAAUUAGUACUUUGGCUGAAAGGUCGUUCCAAAGUGUGAUAUUUUGUGUGUGCCGACGAGUUUAUGUGUAAAACUGUGCUGGAAUAGCAUUCCUGAACAUACAGGAGAAGAUCUUUGAGCGUGGCGUGGUGAGGCAGAGGUCGCGAUGACGACCGACAUAUCGGUGUCCCGGUGGGACCCGUCCAUCGGCCACGGCCAGGAGAUCAUAGAUGACUUCGAGUACGAUGGCGGCAACUCGUCGUCGAGGCUCUUCGAACGAUCGCGCAUCAAAGCGCUAGCUGACGAACGAGAGAGUGUACAGAAGAAGACUUUCCAAAAAUGGGUGAACUCCCACUUGGUGCGAGUGGGACACCGCAUCAGCGACUUAUACGUGGACAUGCGGGAUGGCAAGAUGCUCAUCAAGCUGCUCGAGGUGCUCUCUGGAGAGAGACUGCCUCGACCAACGAAGGGCAAGAUGCGCAUCCACUGCCUGGAGAACGUGGACAAAGCUCUGCAGUUCCUUCGUGAGCAGCGCGUCCACCUGGAGAACAUGGGCUCGCACGACAUCGUGGACGGCAACCCUCGCCUCAACCUCGGCCUCAUCUGGACUAUCAUCCUGCGUUUCCAGAUCCAAGACAUUACAAUCGAGGAAACAGACAACAAAGAGACCAAAUCCGCCAAGGACGCUUUGCUAUUAUGGUGUCAAAUGAAGACGGCGGGCUACAACAACGUGAAUGUUCGCAACUUCACGACGUCCUGGCGCGACGGGUUGGCCUUCAACGCCAUCAUCCACAAGCACAGGCCUGACCUGAUCCAGUUUGAGAAGCUGCAUAGAAGCAACCCGAUACACAACCUGAACAAUGCGUUCAAUGUUGCCGAGGAUAAGCUCGGACUUACCAAACUCUUGGAUGCUGAAGACAUUGCCGUCGACCACCCGGACGAGAAGUCAAUCAUCACGUACGUGGUCACCUACUACCACUACUUCAGCAAGAUGAAGCAGGAGACGGUGCAAGGCAAGAGGAUCGGCAAGGUCGUCGGCAUCGCCAUGGAGAACGACAAGAUGAUGCAGGAAUACGAAUCGCUUACCAGCGACCUCCUGCAAUGGAUUGAGCGUACGAUCGAAGCGCUCGGCGAUAGAACCUUCGCCAAUUCUUUGGAAGGAGUACGUCAACAACUCAUUCAGUUCUCCAACUACCGAACCGUGGAGAAGCCACCUAAGUUCGUCGAGAAGGGCAACCUGGAAGUACUCCUGUUCACGCUACAAUCGCGCAUGCGUGCAGCCAACCAGAAGCCUUACACUCCCAAGGAAGGCAAGAUGAUCCACGACAUCAACCGCGCCUGGGAACGCCUCGAGAAGGCCGAACACGAACGCGAACUGGCCUUGAGAGAGGAACUCAUACGGCAGGAGAAGCUUGAACAACUAGCUGCCAGAUUCAACCGCAAAGCUCAGAUGCGCGAGACUUGGCUCUCUGAGAACCAGCGUCUGGUGAGCCAGGACAACUUCGGCUUCGACCUGGCGGCGGUGGAGGCGGCUGCUAAGAAGCACGAAGCUAUUGAGACGGACAUCUUCGCGUACGAGGAGCGCGUACAGGCCGUGGUGGCUGUGUGCUCUGAGCUGCAAGCAGAGAGGUACCAUGACAUGGAGCGCGUGUGCGCGCGGCGCGACAAUGUGCUGCGGCUGUGGGCCUACCUGCUGGAGCUGCUGCGCGCGCGCCGUGCCCGCCUCGAGCUGUCGCUGCAGCUGCAGCAAAACUUCCAGGAAAUGCUGUAUAUCCUGGACUCCAUGGAGGAGAUCAAGCUGCGCCUGCUGACAGACGACUACGGCAAGCAUCUGAUGGGCGUGGAGGACUUGCUGCAGAAACACGCGCUCGUCGAGGCUGACAUCAACGUGUUGGGUGAAAGGGUCAAGGUGGUAGUGGGCCAGUCCCAGCGGUUCCUGGAGCAGGAGGAGGGCGGCUACCGGCCGUGCGACCCCGCCAUCACGGUGGAGCGCAUCCAGCAGCUGGAGAACGCAUACGCCGAGCUGGUGCACUUGGCCGUCGAGCGCAGAAAGCGCCUGGAGGAUAGCCGCAAGCUGUGGCAGUUCUACUGGGACAUGGCAGAUGAGGAGAACUGGAUCAAGGAGAAGGAGCAGAUCGUGUCCGUGGACGACAUCGGACACGAUCUUACUACCGUGUACCUGCUGAUCUCGAAGCACCGCGCGCUGGACGCGGACGUGAGCGCGCACGAGCCGCAGCUGAUGGCCGUGGCCGCCGUCGGGGACGAGCUCAUCUCGCAGGGACACUUCGGCGCUGACCGCAUACAGGAGCGUCUCCGCGACAUCCUGUCCCAAUGGAACCACCUGCUGGACGUGGCGUCCCUCCGCAAGAACCGCCUGGACGCGGCCGUGCGCUAUCACCAGCUGUUCGCCGACGCCGACGACGUCGAUACCUGGAUGCUCGACACGCUCCGCUUGGUGUCGUCAGAAGACACCGGGGUGGAUGAGGCGCAGGUGCAGAGCCUGCUCAAGAAGCACAAGGACGUCACCGACGAGCUCAAGAACUACGCCAACGUCAUCCAGCAGCUUAAACAACAGGCAAGCGAGCUGAGCCCAGAAGACGCGAGCAGCACAGAAGUCCGUGAGCGUUUAGCCGCCAUCGACGCGCGCUACGGAGAGCUGGUGGAACUUGCUCGUCUGCGCAAACAACGUCUACUGGACGCCCUGUCUCUGUUCAAACUACUGGCAGAGGCCGACGCGGCUGACCAAUGGAUCGCCGAGAAACACCGCAUGUUGGAUACCAUGCUGCCGCCCACUGAUAUCGAUGAUGUCGAGAUCAUGAAGCACAGAUACGACGGAUUCGACAAGGAGAUGAACGCGAACGCGUCUAGAGUGGCCGUGGUGAACCAGCUGGCUCGUCAACUGAUCCACGUGGAGCAUCCGCAGGCCGCGCGUAUACAGGAGCGCCAGGCCGCGCUCAACCACGCAUGGAGCGCACUUAGGGAAAAGGCGGAACAGAAGAAGGACGAGCUGAAGCAAGCGCAGGGCGUGCAGACGUUCCACAUCGAGUGCCGCGAGACCGUCUCCUGGAUAGAGGACAAGAAGCGCAUCUUGCAGCAGACCGACAACCUCGAGAUGGACCUCAACGGUGUAAUGACCCUGCAGCGUCGCCUGUCUGGCAUGGAGCGCGACCUAGCGGCCAUCCAGGCGCGCAUCACGUCCCUGGAGAGCGAGGCCAGCGCCAUCGAGGACACCCACCCCGACGACGCGCGCCUCAUCCGCGAGCGCGUGCAGCUCAUCAACGACAACUGGGAACAACUCACGCACAUGCUGAAAGAGCGCGACGCGAAGUUGGAGGAGGCCGGCGACCUGCACCGCUUCCUGCGCUCCGUGGACCACUUCCAGGCCUGGCUCACCAAGACUCAGACCGAUGUCGCUUCCGAGGAUACGCCAUCAAGCCUGCCGGAGGCGGAGAAGCUGCUUUCGCAGCACCAGACCAUCAAGGAGGAGAUCGACAACUACCGCGACGAGUACGCCAAGAUGAUGGAGUACGGAGAGAAGAUUACUGCCGAGCCGUCAACCCAAGACGACCCGCAGUACAUGUUCCUCCGCGAGCGGCUGAAGGCGCUCCGCGAAGGCUGGGCUGAACUGCAGCAGAUGUGGGAGAACAGGCAACAACUACUGGCUCAGAGCUUAGAGCUGCAGCUGCUGCAGCGCGACGCCAAGCAGGCCGAGGUGCUACUCUCGCACCAGGAACACAGGCUAGCCAAGAUGGAGCCGCCAGCGAACCUGGAGCAAGCCGAGAACAUGAUCAAGGAGCACGAGGCCUUCCUCACCACCAUGGAGGCCAACGACGACAAGAUCAACUCUGUGGUUCAGUUUGCCAACCGCCUGGUUGAGGAGCGCCACUUCGACGCAGAUAAGAUUCAGCGCAAGGCCGAGUCCAUCGAGCAGCGUCGCAACGCCAACAAGGAGAAGGCUAUACAGCAAAUGGAGAAGCUCCAAGAUCAACUACAACUACACCAGUUCUUGCAAGACUGCGAUGAACUCGCCGAAUGGGUCAAUGAGAAGAAUCUUACCGCUCAAGAUGAUACAUACCGCUCGGCCAAGACAAUCCACUCGAAGUGGACGCGCCACCAGGCCUUCGAAGCUGAAAUCGCAGCCAACAAGGAACGCUUAUUCGCCGUUCAGAAUGCAGCUGAAGAACUCAUGAAGCAGAAGCCUGAAUUCGUCCAGGUUAUCUCACCUAAGAUGAGCGAAUUGCAGGAUCAAUUCGAGAAUCUGCAAACCACUACUAAGGACAAGGGUGAGCGGCUGUUCGACGCCAACCGUGAGGUGCUCCUACACCAGACCUGCGAUGACAUCGACUCGUGGAUGAACGAGCUCGAGAAACAGAUCGAGAACUCUGACACCGGCACCGACCUCGCCUCGGUCAACAUUCUCAUGCAGAAGCAACAGAUGAUCGAGACACAGAUGGCGGUGAAAGCGAAGCAAGUGACCGAGCUUGAGACUCAAGCGGAAUACUUGCAGAAGACGGUGCCUGACAAGAUCGAAGAAAUAAAAGAAAAGAAGAAGUCUGUGGAGCAGAGGUUCGAGCAACUGAAGGCUCCAUUGUUAGAACGCCAGAAUCAAUUGGCAAAGAAGAAGGAAGCAUUCCAGUUCCGUCGCGACGUUGAGGACGAGGAGUUGUGGGUACAUGAGAAGAUGCCUCUGGCUACCAGCACGGACUAUGGCAACACCUUGUUCAACGUGCAGAUGCUGCAAAAGAAGAACCAGUCUUUGAAGACGGAGACUGACAACCACGAGCCGCGCAUCCUCACCGUCAUCUCCAACGGACAGAAGCUCAUCGACGAAGGUCACGAGGAUUCGCCCGAGUUCAAGAAACUUAUUGACGAACUCACCGCUAGGUGGCGAGAACUGAAAGAUGCCAUCGAGAACCGUAAGGCCAACCUUGCCCAAUGGGAGAAGGCUCAACAGUACCUUUUCGACGCGAACGAAGCUGAGGCAUGGAUGAGCGAGCAAGAGUUGUACAUGAUGGUGGAAGACCGCGGUAAGGACGAGAUAUCUGCGCAGAAUUUGAUGAAGAAGCAUGAAAUAUUGGAACAAGCAGUUGAUGACUACGCGCAGACUAUCAGGCAACUCGGUGAGACCGUGCGGCAGUUGACCGCUGAGGAACAUCCUCUCAGCGAACAAAUCUCAGUGAAGCAGUCUCAAGUCGACAAACUAUACGCGGGUCUGAAGGACCUGGCGGGAGAACGUCGCGCCAAGCUGGACGAGGCGCUGAGGCUGUUCCAGCUGUCGCGCGAGGUUGACGACCUCGAGCACUGGAUCACCGAGCGGGAGCUGGUCGCCUCCAGCCAGGAGCUCGGCCAGGACUACGAUCAUGUUACUCUGCUCUGGGAGCGUUUCAAGGAGUUCGCUCGCGAGACGCAAGCUGUGGGCUCGGAACGUGUGGCGACCGCCGAACGCAUCGCUGACCAGAUGAUCGCCAUGGGGCACUCGGACAACGCGACCAUCGCGCAGUGGAAGGAGGGCCUCAAGGAGACCUGGCAGGACCUGCUCGAGCUCAUCGAGACCAGGACUCAGAUGCUGGCGGCGUCCCGCGAGCUGCACAAGUACUUCCACGACUGCAAGGACACGCUGCAGCGCGUCAACGAGAAAGCUCGCGGCGUCAGCGACGAGCUGGGCCGCGACGCCAUCAGCGUCGGUGCGCUGCAGCGCAAGCACCACAACUUCAUGCAGGACCUCAGCACGCUGCAGCAGCAGGUGGAAGCAAUAAGCGCGGAAUGCGCGCGGCUGGGCGCGUCGUACGCCGGCGACAAAGCCGCCGAGAUAACCCGCCGCGAGGCCGAGGUGGCGGAGGCCUGGGCGGCGCUGCAGGCGGCCUGCGGCGCCCGCAGGGCCAAGCUGGAGGACGCCGACGACCUGUACCGGUUCCUCAACCAGGUGCGCAACCUCACGCUGUGGAUGGACGACGUCGUCAGGCAGAUGAAUACCGGAGAGAAGCCUAGAGACGUAAGCGGCGUAGAACUCCUGAUGAACAACCACCAGUCUCUGAAGGCCGAGAUCGACACUCGCGAGGACAACUUCUCGGCUUGCAUUUCCUUGGGGCGUGAGCUGUUAGCGCGGCAACAUUACGCCUCGUCAGACAUCAGGGAUAAACUGCAACAACUCACUAAUCAAAGGAACGCUCUCUUGCGUCGCUGGGAGGAGCGCUGGGAGAACCUGCAACUUAUCCUGGAGGUGUACCAGUUCGCGCGCGACGCGGCGGUGGCCGAGGCGUGGCUGAUAGCGCAGGAGCCGUACCUGAUGUCGCAGGAGCUCGGCCACACCAUCGACGAGGUCGAGAGCCUUAUCAAGAAGCACGAAGCGUUCGAGAAGUCCGCCGCCGCGCAGGAGGACAGAUUCUCCGCGCUGCAGAGGCUUACCACCUUCGAAGUGAAAGAGAUGAAGCGACGGCAAGAGGCCGCGGAGGCUGCCGAGCGUGAAAGACGCGAGCGGGAGGCCGCCGAGGCCGCGGCCGCCGCCGCCGCCGCCGCGCAGGACACCGUCGACCGCGCCGCCUCGCCGCAGGAGCAGCCGCAAGUCGUAAGGAGAACAUCCACUAAAGCGGCUGAGAAGGCCCAAGAACGACCACAUUCCCAGCCAGACACGGGCACGCCCGCGCCCGCAGCGACCACGCCCGCCCCCGCCGCGCCCGCCGCGACCCCCGCGCCUUCCACCUCCAAACAGACGCCCCCCAAACCCGCACGAUUGAGCACAGCGGGCUCGAGUUCAACUCCAGCCACCCCAUCCAGCUCCGGUAAGGUGAAGUCGCGGUCGCGAAGCAAGUCCCCAUUCCGGAGCUUCCGCUGGAAGGCUGCCAAGAAACUCAUCGCCGGGACUCACCACAGCGACGACGAAGAGGGCGCCAGCCCGGGAGGAGACGACGAGGGCGUAGAGGGAACCCUGGUGAGGAAGCACGAGUGGGAGUCCGCCGCCAAACGGGCCUCCAACAGAUCUUGGGACAAGGUGUACGUAGUGGCGAAGGACGGACGCAUGUCGUUCUACAAGGACCAGAAGGCGUACAAGGCUGCUCCGGACGCGUGCUGGCGCGGGGAGGCGCCGCUCGACCUCAACGGCGCCGUCGUCGAGGUCGCCGCCAACUACACCAAGAAGAAGCACGUGUUCCGACUCAGGCUGGCCAUGGGCGCGGAGUUCCUGCUGCAGGCGCACGACGAGGCGGAGAUGUCGUGGUGGCUGGAGGCGCUGCGGGCGCGCUCGCUGGCGCCGGCGCCGCGCAGCCACACGCUGCCCGCGCCCGCCAACACCGAGCCCAAGCGACGCUCCUUCUUCACGCUCAAGAAGAACUAAAUGCGGAGUUGUACGCACCGUACAAGUCCGCCGCCGCGUCCCCGCCGUACACUAGUGUCCGCACGACGUACGGCGCCGGACCUCGCUUGCUGACGGCUUCGCACCGCCGCCACUGCGCCUACGACUCCGUGCUAACA